AUGCAUGCAUCCGACAAGCCACUGCUAGAGAAUCGCAGCUUUUUACGCCAGCGCUCGAUAUCCUCAGCACAAAACUCGGCGCCAGAGAUCGUCUCUUCUCCCAAUUAUUCGACAUUCACGCUCAAGUCAUUCCAUCUCCAUGCUCUUGCGAGGCUUCUCAGGAUCGGACCAGGCACCGAGAACAAGAAGGUCGCGAUCUAUCACAGCCGAUUAAUCGCAUUGAUCUUGACUCUGACGCAUUGGGUCCCUUUCGGAGCGGCCUUGACGCUCUUAGUCCUCAACAGCAAAGGCAUAAUAGUUGCUGACGAGGUAGAUGUCGUCCAGAACAAUUUGUACCAAUUCGGAGCCAAGCUCUUUGAGCUUCUUAUGCAAGCAUCGAUAGCGACAAUAAUCUUGGGAAUCGUCCGCAGCCAAGCUUUAGAAGGUAAUGACGGAUUACCAUUGGGCAUGCUCAUGGCGUCCGCCCGAACUCACGAUGUCUCAUACCUGUGGUCGUCGGAAUUCUUUGGGUCUCUUACCUCUACAAAAUCACGAUGGAUGCGUCAAUACGCAAGAGUCUUCGCAGUCGCCCUCCUCAUUCUCCUGGCUACUGUUGUCGGUCCUUCUGGGGCUAUUCUUCUGCUACCAAGCCAGUCAGUCUUACUCAAGGCAGGAUACUCGCGCUGA